AUGACUUUGAGCUCCAUCCUCAUCUGGACUCUCCUCUGCUGCUGCUUGACAGAGUCCAGAGGCCAGGUCACAGUGACUCAGCCUGGAGCAGUGAGCGCUGCUCUGGGAGCCUCCGUCACCAUCACAUGUAAAACCAGUCCUGCUGUUCCAACUUGUGGCAGCUCUUACUGUAAAUCUACAUAUGACAGUGCGGUUUACAUCUUGGCCUGGUACCAACAAAAAGAUGGAGAAGCUCCAAAACUGCUAAUUUACUAUGAUCGGCAUCGAGCAUCAGGGAUUCCAGGUCGUUUUACAGGCAGUGGAUCAAGGAGUGACUUCACUCUGACCAUCAGUGGAGUCCAGGCUGAAGAUGCAGCAGUUUACUACUGUCAGAGUUACCACAUUAUCAACAGUCAGCAUCUGUUCACACAUUUCCCCGGUCUUCCCAGUCUUGAGGCCCGUUUCCACCACAGGAACUUUGGGAUGAUGAUGUCACACAUUCUCCUGCUGGGCACCCUGGGGCUCCUUGUUCAGGAUUCAUCAGGAGAAAUCACUCUGACUCAGUCUCCUGGAUCUCAGUCUGUUAGUCCAGGACAGACUGUCUCUAUCAGAUGUAAAACCAGUUCAAGUGUUCAUAACAACCUCCAGUGGUACCUUCAGAAACCUGGAGAAGCUCCUAAACUCCUGAUAUAUUCUGCCACAACCCUUCAGUCUGGAGUUUCAAGUCGUUUUAGUGGAAGUGGAUCUGGAUCUGACUUCACUCUGACCAUCAGUGGAGUCCAGGCUGAAGAUUCAGGAGUUUACUACUGUCAGCAGGGUUACAGCGGGUUAACACAUUACCAUGGCAACCCAGCUGGGCUUGAGCCUGUGACCUCCCAGCAUGUACUGAGGCAGUUUGCAGCCAAGAGUGAAGCAGUCAGGAUGAGGAUCAGCAGCUCUAAGCCCAAGGCCAUGGUCGUCUUUCAGAAAAAGGUGUUUUUCCCUCACCAAGAGCUGGCUGAGGUGGUUCAGGGAUCUAGUCAGGACGCCUCCUGGUCGCCUCCCGGUGGAGGUGUUCUGGGCACGACCACCUGGGAAGAGGCCCCGGGGCAGACCCAGGACACGCUGGGAGGAGAUUAUGUAUCACUGUGGUACACUUUUGGUGGAGGAACCAGACUGGAGUUUGGAAGUGACGCCCCUCCCACCCUGACGGUGCUGCCCCCCUCCAGAGAGGAGCUGCAGCAGGGGAAGGCCACGCUCAUGUGCCUGGCCAACAAGGGCUUCCCCUCAGACUGGAGGCUGGCCUGGAAGGUGGACGGCAGCAGCAGCAGCAGCAGCUGGGAGCAGAGCAGGAGCCCCGGGGUGCUGGAGAAGGACGGCCUCUACAGCUGGAGCAGCACCCUGAGGCUCACUGCAGACCAGUGGAAGAAGCUGGGCUCUGUCACCUGUGAGGCCACCCAGGGCUCCCAGGCUCUGCAGGCCGAGACACUGAGGAGAGACCAGUGUCCCCAGUAACUGACCUGACUCACUGGGACUUCUGCUACUGGUUUCACUCUGCAGCUGCUCUCACUC